UAGCCGCGCGCGCAGCCGCCAUAUUGCGCGACAGUUAUUUUGAUUCGUAUGUGUCGGAAGCUGCGGGGGGAAAAGAGGAGAAAAUAAACAGCGUGCGGAUUAAAGCAGCAGCAGCAGCAGCAGCUCGGUGAGUUAACGUAAAACCCGACGGUACAGAAGGGAACGCGGGGGACACACUGAGCGGGGCACGGACUCGGUGCCCCCCCCAGGACUCUGAGGGAAAGUUACGCCGUCCUCAGCGCACUUAGGCCCGGAUCCGGGGUGCUCCUGCUGCCCGGCCCUGACACGGAGACCCGCCGACACAAGGCUCAUCUCGGGCGGCUCCGCUGUGGACGGCGGCCCGGGGAGCGACACGGUAAAUAAACACCAACAGAAGAUGCUAUGAUAGAGCAAGAGUGUGUGCAUGAGUGUGUGCGCUGAGCUCCACCCCGCUCCGUCCUGCCAGUCCCCGAAUGGCACAGGGAAAUCAGCAGAUUGACACUCAAGUUCUGCAAAAACUGCGUCAGAAGUUUCCAGAAGUGCCAGAAGGCGUGGUCUCUCAGUGUGUCGUACAGAAUAAGAACGACUUGGCAGCGUGUUGUGAGUACCUGACCCAGGUGAGUCCCAGCUUCCUGUACAGCGAGGGCAGCCAGAGUGUGACAGACCUGCGCAAUCACAUGACCCAGCUCAACGUGGGCGUGACACAGAAUACCCAUGGUGCCGUGCAGCACGAGCCAGUGAGGAUGAACGGCAGCAGGACUCUCUCACACAGCCUGAGUGACGGGCCGGUCAACGGUCCCCCGACUCCGGCCUCUGACUUCUACCAGGCAGAGUCUCAGUCUCACACACACACGCCCGCCUUUUGUGUAAUGGAGCAGACGCGAAAGCCACAGCCACCGCAUCACCUCGGCCUGUACCAGCUUGGGGUCAAAGGUCAGGUCUCGUCCACACCCCUUUCUGCCACACCUCGUUUUAACCCCAUCACAGUGACUUUGGCCCCCAAUGCCGGUCGGAACACACCCACUUCGCUGCACAUUCACGGUGGGCCUCCGGUCGGCCCCAACAGCCCCAACUCCAUCUAUAUCCGGCCUUACGUCGCCCAGAUCUCGCACCCAGGCGGCUCGCACCACCAGACCUCACACGUUUACAUGCCCAUCAGCUCACCCACCAACCCGCAGCCCCCAUCGGCCUUUCAGGCUCCAUCCACCGCAGCCUCUCAGGCCUCUUCCUCAUCUUCCUCGUCGUCAUCCUCAUCUGUGCCCUCAUCUUUACCAGUGAUGGCGGCGGCCCCCUCACUCGCAACCUCCAUUAGCCAGUUUAACAUUCAGAACAUCUCCACAGGGCCUAGAAAGAACCAGAUCGAGAUUAAGCUAGAAUCUCCACAGAGAGUGGGUGGAGCUGCUGCCGCCGGCGCUGCUACAGCGACGCUGAUGUGCUCUGCCUCUGCUCCUCGACCAGCCUCGGUUUCUGGCUCGUCGUCCUGCCCUUCACCUUCCUCCUUGUCCUCCACUCCGCUCUCUAUAGAGGGGGCGGGGCUUAGCCGAAGCCAACCCACUGUCUAUAUCGCUGCCUCUCCUCCCACUGCCGCUGCCAUGACGACGCCGUCAGAAGAGUGUGCGCUGAUUCCGCCUUCCGGACGCUCGCAGCCUAAAUUCUACAUCUCCGCUAAUGCGGCUUCAGACGAGGGUGGCGCUCGGAAUCCGCCCACAGUCUACAUAUCGGCCAAUCCCGCUCUUCCUGGUGUGACGGGAGGGCGGAGCCUAGGCGGCCAAGUCAGCAUGGGGCCUGCCUACAUCCAUCACCAUCCACCCAAAUCCCGCAGCUCGGUGGGGGCGGGAGGCGUGGCUACAUCUCCUCGCGUCGUGGUGACGCAGCCCAAUACCAAAUACACCUUUAAAAUCACGGUGUCGCAGAACAAACCACCAGCUGUGUCCCCCGGGGUGGUGUCGCCCACCUUUGAGCCCACCAACAUGCUCAGCGUCCCUGCAGAUCAGCACUACCCUGAGCCUGAGGCCAUCAGUCUGCCCGAGCCACUCUCACCCAACCGAGACCUGAGGGCCACAGAGAGCCGCCGGCCCAGCAUGGGCUCUGAUGAUGCUGCAUACACACAGGCAUUAUUGGUGCAUCAGAAGGCGCGCAUGGAACGCCUGUGUCAUGAGCUCAAGCUGAAAAAGAAGAACCUGGACAAACUGAAAGAGGAGGUGAACGAAAUGGAGAACGACCUCACGAGGAGACGACUACAGAGGUCCAACUCAGUGUCUCAGAUACCAUCUCUUGAUGAGAUGCAGCAGCUGAGGUGUAAGAACAGGUUGCUACAGAUCGACAUUGACUGUUUAACUAAAGAGAUCGACCUCCUGCAGACGCGUGGACCACACUUCAAUCCCAGUGCGAUCCAUAACUUUUAUGACAACAUCGGCUUCCUCGGUCCUGUCCCCCCAAAACCUAAAGGUACUCCGGCAGCAGGCUCGGAUCACUGGGGCUCUCUGGACAGGAGAGGACGCAGAAUAAACGUCAGCUCCAAGCUGAAGAGAGACCCGUCUCUUCCUCCUGUUCCUCCCUCUCUUCCUGCUCCUGUGGAGUCGGGCAGUAAGAAUAUGAAGACGGUGUCUGAGGCUGAAGACGACGACGGGGUUCAGUGGGGUUGUACAGCUUGCACCUUUCUCAACCAUCCUGCCCUCAACCGCUGUGAACAGUGUGAAUUUCCACGACAUUUCUGAGCCCCCGACACACACACACACACACACACACACACACACACACACACACACACACACACACACACAUUCACAUAUCAGCUUGCUUGUUUAUAUAUCCUUCUCUUAAACACCCCCCCCCCUCUCUGAGGUGUGUGUUGUGCUGCCCACUGAAGACUGGAUAAUGUUUACAGGUUUUCCUUUGCUACUAUCUGUCGAGCCAAACUGAGCUUUUUACGUCUGAGCGAAUGUGUGUGUUUGUGUGUGUUUGUGUGUGUUUGUGUGUGUUUGUGUGUGUGUGUGUGUGUGUGUGUGUGUGUGUGUGUGUGUGUGUGUGUGUGUGUGUGUUUGCCUUUAAUUUUCCUUCACUGACUCCAUAUCAAAUCUCAAUCUAACCUGAAACAGUAUUAUAAAAGUGUGUGAGUGUGUAAGUCACACCACACACACACACACACACACACACAGACACACACACACACACGUGCUUUCCAGAUGGUGAACUACCUUUGAGAUCUUCGUCUCUCACCUGAAGGGAUUAACCUUACAGACUACUUUCUGGACUUUGCUCUUUCUUCCCCAGACAGAUGUUGGGAAACGAUCUGUGGAACUUCGGAGUUUCUUCUUCCCGCGCUUUCGUUUCACUAAGGAGAAAAAAAAAAUCAUGGGAAUAGCGAACGAACUGAAACUAAUCUGCAUGCUUUAGAUGUACAGUUUACAAACGGAGACCCCGCCCACCUAAGCUUUGACUGUACAUAGUGUUAGAAAGAGCUUUAAAAUGCUGGGUUUUUUCUCUCUCUCUCUCUCUCUCUCUCUCUCUCUCUCUCUCUCUCUGUCUCUCUUUCCUCACAUGUAUGUUCUGUAAUUAUAGCUCCAUAGACUUCAUUUACUUUUAUUUGUUGGGUGAUCUUUUUUGUUUUUGCUGAAAACAGACGAGUACGGUUUCCCCUCUUUCCACGUCACACCUUUUCUCUUCCAGCGUACGGGCUGCAGACGCAGCAAAAAAAGACAAGAAACAAAAGAAAAAAGAAAAAAAAAAGGUCAGAGAAGGAUGGAGCGUGACCCUGCCUCAAAUCAGCCCCCCCACCCACCCAACCCCACCUCCUCCCCAUCCCUUCCUACAGCAAACAUGUCAAAGGAAGGUCACUGCAUGGUCUCCGACGCCUUCAAAAGGACCUCCGAGUUUUCUGCCAACUGGAAUGUAGCGUUGAAAUUUUGGGAAUUUUUUUUUUUUAAUGAAACACAUCCACGCCAAAUCUCCAAAAGCACAUUUUAUUACUCAAACCACACGGCGUGGUGUGAGAGCAAAGACUUGUGGGACGUUUGGUUACGGUCCGUGUGUACGCCAAAUAAAUCGGAGGGUAUUUUUUUUAUUUUUUAUUUUCCAGAGACUCAGAGAUCAGGUGAAAAGUUCAGGAGUCGGUUCCUGUUCCAAGCCACCGGAUCAGAUCACCGUGUGCCUUUCGGCGAAGCGGAGACGCUCUGCCUUUUAGAGCGGACACUUCCUCGUCUUUUCUUUUCCUUUCCUUUCCUUUCCUUUCCUUCAUAGAUUUGGUUACACCAGACCCACAAGGCCUUAAUGACGUUUUAAAUGUUUAUGAGCUUCUUUUUUUUUUUUUUUUUUUCCUCUGAAGAUAUACAAUAAGUCGAGAAGAUGUGAAGAAAGUGCCUUUUUUUUCCAGGUUCCACGUUGUGCCGCGUCACGUUUCAGCCUCAGUAAAGUUUCUCAGUUUUCCCGAGUGACUACGUGAUUUUAUUCGAUUUUAUCUUCAGCGUAAAUCUAUGCAGUAAAACCUCGAGGUAGUUUCGAGGUGUACAUCGCAGAAUUAAAGGGCGACCGCGGUAUCGAUGUCCAGACGUCCGCGCGUUCACUUCAGGACGUGGCUGCGUUUUUAGAAAAUAAAGCUCGUCGUUUUGAAUACAACGAAUACGUUUAGAUAUCCGAGGCACUUGUAUUUAAAGAAAUCCCAAAGACAAACAGUCACCGUCACUUUUUUUUUGUUUUGUUUUGUUUAUUUUUCUUCCCCUGGCUUCCGAUCCGAGCCGCGAUUUAUGUUUAUGGAUUAAAAUCAUGGGGGGGAAAAAAAAACUAGAAGAAGAAAUGAUUUGGGGAUCUAAAGUGAUUUUUAAUUUUUAGCUGGGAAAACUGUCUUUGUAACAGAUAAGUUAUUUGUAAAAAUAAACAAAAAAUAUUCUGA